AAUGCAUUCAAUGUUCCAGUGUAAAGAUGGUUUGUUGCAGCAGUUAUGCAAUGGGAAAUAUUGGAUUUGGAAUUGAAUGAGAAUGUCAUCUUCUGAUUAAUUGCCUUCGUUUUCUUUGACAAAUUAGAGUAUGACUAAUUGUCGCUAGUGCUCUAUUUUUAUUUGGCUUGACUCUGAGCAUGAGCCACAGUUGGAACAACUAAUGUGAUAUUUAUGCAUACUGCCACAGGCUGAUUGAGGAGAAUGGUUUCUGAAUUAAUCAACGCCAAUCCCACUGUGUAUGAAAAGAAGGAGCGUCGAGUUAGAAUUACACCUGCUGAUUUGGAUGAAUAUGCUGUGGAGCCCAUUGACCAGCUAGAAAUUUUUGAUCAUCUUAGAGACAUAAAAGAUCCCGAGCAUCCUUAUUCCUUGGAAGAGCUGAAAGUAAUAACAGAAGAUGCAAUUGAACUAGAUGCUAAGCGUAACUAUGUCAGGGUGACAUUCACUCCAACAGUUGAGCAUUGCAGUAUGGCAACGGUGAUUGGCCUCUGCUUGCGUGUAAAACUCAUGCGCAGCCUGCCUUCGCGUUUUAAGGUGGAUAUCAGGGUAGCGCCUGGAACUCAUGCGACUGAAGCUGCAGUAAAUAAACAGUUGAACGAUAAAGAACGGGUGGCAGCCGCUUUGGAGAAUCCUAACCUCAUAGAUAUGGUUGAUGAAUGCCUGGGUCCAUCUUACGAGUGAAGACUUAACUGUACAUGCAUUUGGUGUUUGAUGAGGCUUUCCCUGGGAUCUUUUAUUGCUUCACUUUCGAAUACACAACAUUCUAUACUCAGUUUCCCGUAGGCUUUGUUGGCAGCGUUUGCUUUUACUUUAGUGUUGUGAGAGACAUUAGUCAUUAGUUAGAGAGCCGAUCGUUGUAACGUGAUUUGAUUAUUCAUACUUCAGGUUUACUGCUUAUGUAAUGUAAAGACUAAAGAUAAUAUUGACAGCAUUUCUUGCAAAAAAUAAAAUAAAAUUAAUAAGCAAUUAGAUUUUA